AUGAGCGCUUCAUCAAGAAUUGUCCGCAGUGCGGCGCAAAUAUCAUUCAUAGGAGCUCGUGCCCUCCAACGAUCUUCUCUCAGUCCCACAGCAGCAUAUUUACGUCGUAAUGCUCGAACUCUUCCAUCACAAAUGCCAGCACUGGCUAUUUUAAUCCCACGAAGGGGUGUAACGACAGAUACUCAUACAUCGGGAGGAACAAAUGGUGCACCACCACCAGGUUUCAAUGCCGAACAAGCCAGAAAACCAAUCAAAGAAACUCCAAUUAGCUCCAAUGCGACGUCAAAAGCUGGUGUGAAGCAAGCAGGCAAACAUGAAAUAAACCCCAUUCCAACCAACGAAGCCACUGGAGUACCGAAAACCGAUGCCUCUGAAGGCUUGACACUUUCGGAACUGGCUGGCUCAACUGGAAAGUCGGUGGAGAAACCCGAUGGCGAGAAAGCAGAGAAAAAGUUGACACUCGGACAAAAGAUUAAGAAAGAGGCGGCACAUUAUUGGGAUGGUACGAAACUGCUGGGAACGGAAAUUAAGAUUAGUUCACGUUUAGCAUUGAAGAUGGCUGCAGGAUACGAGCUCAGUCGCAGAGAGCACAGGCAACUACGAAGAACAGUCCAAGAUAUGGCACGAUUAGUGCCAUUUUCCGUAUUUGUUCUUGUGCCAUUCGCAGAACUUCUCCUCCCCAUUGCUCUCAAGCUAUUCCCCAAUAUGCUUCCAAGCACAUACGAGGCACAGAAAUCAAAAGAUGCUAAAGUAUCUUCACUUCGUGCAACUCGAAAGGAUGUCAGCAACUUCUUGCGAAGUACCUUGAAAGAGACCGGACUACCCUUGUGUACAGCAAAUGCUCACAUCGAGGAGUUCGCUCAAUUUUUCCGCAAAGUUAGAGCCACCGGUGAAACACCUAGUGCUUCGGAAGUUAUCAAGGUCUGCCAGAUAUUCAAGGACGAUUUGACUUUGGACAACUUGUCUCGCCCCCAACUCGUUGGUAUGUGUAGAUACAUGAACCUUAACACUUUUGGUACCGAUACCAUGCUUCGUUAUCAGAUUCGUCAUCGUAUGAGACAGAUCAAGAGAGACGAUCGUGCUAUCAGCUUUGAGGGUGUAGAAAGUUUGUCUGUUCCAGAACUUCAGGUUGCUUGUCUCAACCGAGGUAUCAGGACUCAUGGAAUGUCUCCUGGUCGUCUUCGCGAUGAUCUUCAAGCUUGGUUAGAAUUGAGACUCAAGCAUGGAGUUCCCUCUACAUUAUUGGUAUUGAGCAAUGCUUUCAUGUAUGCUCAAGGCAAGGAGGCUGAAUUUUCAACCCAAAUUGAUGCACUUACUGGUGUUCUAUCAUCCAUUCCAGAGGAGUUAUUCCAUGAGAUUGAGCUUGAAGUUCACAACGCAGAGGGUGCUGCCACCAACAAACAACGUCUUGAGGUCUUGAAGGAGCAACAAGAGCUUAUCGAGGAAGAAAAUGAGCAAAACGAGGAGAAUACCGGGGAAGGCAGAGCCACUCCUCAAGAUAACGAAGAUAUUGAUGAAACAGAAGAGAGACGUAUGGAGGCCAAAGAUGGAGCAGAUAAGGAUCAAGUGAGUGAGGCCAUUGCUGCCGAGAAAGAUGGAGAACUAUUAAAGCAGGAAGAUAGCAAGGCAAGAGAAGAAAAGCCAUAA